ACUGUUGCUGUCUCGCCGAGUAUCUGUCGACGUGGGGGCGAAUGGUUCGCCUCGUUUGGUCGUGAACGCAACAAGGGCACUAAACUUUUCAAUAUAUCUGGUCAUGUGAACAACCCUUGCACUGUAGAAGAAGAAAUGUCAAUUCCUCUCCGCGACCUUAUAGAACGUCACUCUGGUGGUGUGAUAGGAGGAUGGGACAACCUUUUAGCCGUGAUACCUGGAGGCAGUUCGACGCCGCUUCUUCCAAAAAGGUAG